GUGCCAACCAGCCCGCUCGUCCUUACGCAUGAGCCGGUUGUAUGGGCGGGCCGGUCAGUCAGCUGAUCGCUGAAAUACUCCACACAGUCUCUGUCUUCCAGACGUGGAUUUCGUCACACGAAUGAUUUUCUAGCCAAUUACGCACAAUGUGGACAUUUUCAUCCAAGUGCGGGAGGAAGACUCUUAACUUGGAGGGACCUCGCUCAGGAAUGAGUCCUCUGCGCGCACCUGGAGACAUGCAGAGGCAACACGUCCCGUCCGCUCUGCUCUCACUUUUAUGAUACCGAGCCGCUGUGGACCUGCGUUUGAUUCCUGUGAUGGGGAGAAUCGUCACAUGGAGCCGCGGUGCCGUGAUUCUGCUGGCCAUCAUUUGCUCGUGUCGCGCCGGCACGCUGGAGUCCAUCCACUGGAGCAUCUCCAACACAAAGUUUAGUCCAGGUCUGGGUCUGGUCCUGUACCCUCAGAUUGGGGACAAGAUGGACAUCGUGUGUCCCCGGGCCGACGCCUCCUCGGGCGGGAGGGAGGAGUUCUACAGAAUCUACCUGGUCUCUCGGAGUCAGAUGGAGAGCUGCACCAUCGACAAGACCGACACGCCCCUGCUGAACUGUGACAAACCUCACCAGGACGUAAAGUUCACCUUCAAAUUCCAGGAGUUCAGCCCCAACCUGUGGGGUCUGGAGUUCCUCAAGGGGAAGGACUAUUAUAUCACCUCCACCUCUGCAGGCUCGCCGCACGGUCUGGAUAAUACUAAUGGAGGGGUGUGUCGGAGCAAAUCCAUGAAGCUGGUGCUGAGAGUCGGCCAGAGUGCUUCAGAUCCACCUUCGACUCUCCAGGAGUCCCCCACCAGAUUCCCACCUAAACAACCCAAGACCAAGACCAAGGACGCCUCCGAGGAGGACAGAAAAAGCAAAACAGACGCAGACUCAGAAACGGGACAAACAAACCCCAGUGGCAGCGGUGGCCCUGAGCAAGGACUGUUGAUUUGGGUUGUCUCAGGCUCUGUGAUCUUUCUUCUGGUCAUCAUAAUUCUGCUGGCCGUGCUGUGGAGGCACCGUCGCCGUCGCUGUGUCCCAGAUAACCAGCAGUCAGCCUCGGUGUCCCUCAACACUUUGGCUGCGGCGAAGCGGGACAGCAUCAGCAGCGACAACAAUGGCUCGGACCGCAGCGAUGUUGUCUUUCCUCUGCGGCCCUCUGAAAGCAUGAUCUGCCGUCAUUAUGAGCGUGCGAGUGAAUAUGGACCCCCAGUGUACAUAGUUCAGGAGAUCAUGCCCCAGAGUCCCACCAACGUCUACUACAAAGUCUAAUGAGUGCUGCUCAAGUUCCAGAUGAUAGACUGUUGGGGACGCUCUCAGGCCGCAGUCGAUGACUAAACACUUGCAUUUCUUUAUGUUUAGACUUUGUGGUGUGUGUGAAGGAAAGUCACAUGCGGGCUGAUCUGAGAGGUGCUGCACCGGCCACAUGUUGAUGUUAUCCCUGCGUUAAGUUGAAUGAAGUGCACAAAGUGCUGUUGAACCUUUUAUUCCUCUUGACGUAUUCAAGAUACAAUCAGAGAGGAAGGUGUUUGUAUGAUUAUAUUCAGCUUUCUGGAAGCGUGUGGCUAAUGCCAGAGAUGGAUGCUAACUACAUUUACUCAAGUACUGUUCUUUAAAAGAUUUUUUCAUGAUAAAUUAUACCUUCACCACCUUGACACAAGAAGUUCAAGGUCUUGUACAAAGUGCAACCAUUUUAAAUUGGAGGUCAACUUAUAAAAUAAUGAAUUACAGACUGCUUUUAUAAGAGAUUGGAUAAUUAGGUCCCUUUUCAUGCAAACAGAAGCUGAAACAUUUUGUGGUUUCGGCCUCUCAAAUGUGGCGAUUCUCUGCUCUUUUUCUUGUUUUAAAGGUGCACUACAUAGUUUUGGGGAAGAAACUUGAAUCAUAAAGAGAAAGAUCUUCACUAACUGAUUCUUUAUGCUUUAGCAAACUGAACAGACAAACUGACCAUAAGGACGGCACAAUUUCAUGCUGUAGUUAUUGAAGAAUUAAAUUUAAAUUAAAUUAAAUAUUUCAGAGUUUGUAUUUUACCUCAUUAAUAUUGUAAAUAUAAGAGUUUUAGUUUCUUCUCCGGAACUACAUCAUUUCCCUGUGAAUUACAGUAAACUGAAUCAUUUUGAGAUUUGGUUGGAAAAAAAGACAUUUAAUGACAUCACUAAGACCUCUGGGUAAUUUCUCACCAUUUUCUAAUGUUUUACAAACGAAACAAAAAGACUUAUUGAGAAAAGAAUCAGCUAAAACAACUCAGAACAAAACAACAAAUAGUGUUUCACUCAUA